CUGCCAUAGGCGAAGCGUAUACAGAGCAAUGAAUUGGCUGCCAUUAAAGUCAUCAAACUCGAGCCCACCGAUGACAUACAAAUCAUCCAACAGGAGAUUAUUAUGAUGCGCGAUUGUCGACACAAAAAUAUUAUCACCUACUAUGGUUCGUAUUUGCGACGCGAUAAAUUAUGGAUCUGUAUGGAGUAUUGUGGUGGUGGAAGUCUACAGGAUAUCUACCAAGUGACUGGGCCGCUGGCCGAACAACAAAUCGCCUAUAUGUGCCGCGAAACAUUGAAAGGACUCGAGUACCUGCAUACGAUGGGAAAAAUGCAUCGUGAUAUCAAAGGCGCCAACAUUCUGCUGACCGAACAGGGCGACGUCAAGUUGGCGGAUUUCGGGGUGUCGGCACAGAUAACCGCCACGAUCAACAAGCGGAAAAGCUUUAUCGGUACACCAUAUUGGAUGGCGCCAGAAGUGGCCGCAGUGGAACGCAAAGGGGGCUACAAUCAAUUAUGUGAUAUAUGGGCGGUGGGCAUAACGGCAAUUGAACUUGCUGAACUCCAACCGCCAAUGUUCGACUUGCAUCCGAUGCGUGCGUUGUUCCUAAUGUCAAAAAGUGGUUUCAAACCGCCCACAUUAAACAACAAAGAGAAAUGGAGUCCCACCUUUCAUAAUUUUGUGAAGACGGCACUAACGAAGAAUCCUAAGAAGCGUCCCACCGCCGAGUGUCUGCUGAAGCAUCCGUUUGUGCAGGGCGAGAUGUCGGUGCGUGUGGCCAAGGAGUUGCUGCAAAAAUUCUUAAGUCCAAAUCAGCAAUUCUACUACUAUUUGGAUGGAGAGGAGGAGACUGUCGCCAGCGUACCACAACGAAUAGCAAGUAAAAUGACAUCAAGGCCAAAUGGUAUUUCACCGCAAAAUCACACUUUGAAAACAGGCGUGACGACGAAUUCGCAAUGGAAUGAUCGCUCAUCUAGUCCCGAGACGUUGCCAAGUGACAUGAGCCUCUUACAGUAUAUUGAUGAGGAGCUAAAGCUAAGAGCCACGCUGCCAUUAACCGAUACCAAAGAUUUGCUUCGCACCGAGUGCCACUGCUCUUUCAAUGGGGGAAAUGGCAACGGCAAUGGAGGUGGAGGUGGAGAUGGAAGUGGAAAUGGAAGCGGAGAUGGAGGUGGCGGUAUCAACGAAACCUCGGCGCCAUCAGCGCCAGACGAUAUCAGCAGCUCCUCUACGACAUCCGCGACUUCAUCAGCAGCAACCACAACAGUGAAUGGUGGCGGCGGAGCUGUCGGUUUGGGGCAUUCUAUGUCCGCCUACUUGGGAUUAGGUAUUGGCUUUUCCAAUUUACGCACAACUUCAGUUGAUGCGGUGGACAAUAAUGUCAAUCACGAAAGCGGCGCUCGGCAUCAGCAGAUACAGCUACACCAACAGCAGCCACAUUAUCACCGCCAUCAUCAUCAUUACAUGCACUACACCAACAACAGUAACAGUAGCAGCAACAGCAAUGGGAGCCACGCUGGCAACAAUAUGCAUUCACGCUCAACUAGCGCCAUCGGCCUCUCGGCUUCUUCCUCUAGCAUGGCUAAUGAAACAACAAUUGCAACAACAACGACAAUGAAUGGACAAUCGCAACACACAUCAUUAACGUCAUCAUCGUAUAAUCCAUUUGAUAGUUUUAGUUGCGAUGGCAGUGGUGGUGGUGACGGUGUUUUAGAUGGUAUUGUUAGUGGUACUAAUGGUGGCGGUGUCAGGGGUGGUAUAACAGGUGGUGUGUUAGGUGUUGAUAGGAAUGGCGUUAGUGGUGUUGGUGGUGCUGGUGGUUUUGGUGAUGUUGGUGGUAGUGUCGGCGACAUUGGCGCCUCCCCAUCACCUUCUUCAUCCACGUCUGCGUUUGCUCGUGAUGUACUCAUGCAUUCCUCUGCUUCUACGUCGCAUUUGUUCACAAAUUUGCUGCGUAAUAAUGGCACCAAUUAUUUUAAUAGCAACACUUCAGCUACCGAUUCGGCAACAACCAUUGGCGCAACUGCUGCAACAGCGACGUCGGCAUUGUCAUCGGCAACGUCCACCUCGACAGAAUUGACCUCUGGCGAAUGCACACCCACAUCUACUCAGGCGAUUGGCGGCAGCAACGACAAAAAUUGUGAUUAUAGACAUGAAAGUAACCAGAAUGGUUUGGAGGACUCACCACGUCGCCAUAGCUCAAUGGACCAACUAAUUGGCCUACUGAAUGAGAUGGGAAAGUCUUCGAGAACUCGUAGCCUCAGCGAUGGUGGCACACAAGAGGAUGAAAUGGAGAAAGAAGCGCAGCCGGAUUUGCUGAAUAAUACGCCUCCCGUGCCUCCUAAACGUUCCCAUCGUCGUCGUCACACCCCGCCACGCCCUAUUUCUAACGGUCUACCGCCGACGCCCAAGGUGCACAUGGGCGCCUGCUUCUCCAAGAUCUUCAACGGUUGUCCGCUACGCAUACACUGCACCGCCUCGUGGAUACAUCCAGAGACACGGGAUCAGCAUCUGCUUAUUGGCGCCGAUGAAGGCAUCUUCAAUCUAAACAUGAACGAGCUUCACGAUGCGGUUAUCGAUCAGCUGUUUCCGCGGCGCACCACCUGGCUGUAUGUGAUCAAGGACGUGCUUAUGAGUCUAUCAGGCAAAUCCUGCCAGUUGUAUCGACACGAUCUGAUCGCGUUACAUUCCAAACAAACGCAUCGCUUCUCGCUUCACAUGAACAAAAUACCCGAAAGACUGGUACCGCGCAAAUUCGCGCUCACCACCAAAGUUCCCGACACCAAAGGCUGCACUCAGUGCUGCGUCACACGCAAUCCCUACAAUGGCUACAAAUAUUUGUGCGGCGCUACGCCUAGCGGCAUCUUCCUCAUGCAGUGGUACGAUCCGCUGAACAAAUUCAUGCUGCUCAAACAAUGCGAAUGGCCGGCAACGAGCAUACUGGGCGGGGGGCAUGGCUGCGUUCUAAAUGGUCACACACCCGUUUUCGAGAUGAUCAUUACCCCAGAGCUGGAGUAUCCAAUCGUGUGCACGGGCGUACGAAAAGCGCUCAACGGAUGCCUCAAGCUGGAAUUGAUCAAUAUGAACAGCGCAAGCUGGUUCCAUUCCGACGAUCUGGAUUUUGAUGCUAUGGCAACAAUGGUGCCGCGGCGCGAUCUGCUGAAGGUGGUGAAAGUGCAUCAGAUCGAAAAGGAUGCGAUACUUGUCUGCUAUGGCAACAUCAUACAAGUUGUCACGCUCCAAGGCAAUCCGAAGCAACACAAGAAAAUGGUGUCACAACUCAAUUUCGAUUUCAGUGUGGAUAGCAUAGUUUGUCUACCGGACAGCGUACUAGCAUUCCAUAAGCACGGCAUGCAAGGCAAGUCGUUACGCAACGGAGAAAUAACGCAGGAAAUCAAGGAUAUGAGUAGGACAUAUCGACUGCUCGGCUGUGAUAAAGUCGUCGCUUUGGAAAGUCAAUUGCUGCGCACCGGUUCGCUGGGCAGCGAGGAGGGACAUGAUCUUUACAUUCUAGCUGGUCAUGAGGCCAGUUAUUAAUUAACUAGUAAAUAACUAUAGUUGUAGUUGUAAAAAUGCAAUUAACUAUGUAAAGCAAGUGAAACAAAAUAUUAUUCUUACCACUCAAAGAAAUUGAACAAAAUGACUUACAUAUACGAGUAAAUAUAAAAGGAAAAUGAGAAUGUGAAAUUAAGUAAAUGAUGAUCGGAAAAUAUAAAAGCAUGGUAUCAUUAAAAUUAUAAAGCAAAAAUUAUUAAAUUUCUAGUAAAAACAUAACAAAUAAUUUAUAAGUAUUCUCUAGCGUCCUUUUUCGUUGUAAAAUUGCACAUAUAAUUUUUAGAGUUUUUACAUUUCCCGAAAGUAUGAAAUGUUACGCUGCGCUAAUGCCAAAGCAUUUUGAGAUUAAAUGGAAGCAGUCCAACAUUGAAUUUUGUUGGCAUGCAUUUUUUUAUUGUACAGUAUAGUUCGAGCAAUGGAAAUUAAGCAAGGUCUAUUAAAAAUAGAAUAAGGAGCAAAAGAAUUGUUAAAAUGUAAACGUUUAUACUGCAAUCGCAUAGUUACUUUGACAUGUUUGCAACAAAUUUUAGUUUAAUGGCAUUUCUUAGCUGCGAUAAAUGCUCUGUUCGGUCGAUACUAUCUAAAUACUACAUAUACAUAUAAACUUAAUUUACGAAUCUAUUUUGUAACUUUUCACGCUAUUUGAAUACAAGGUAUGUAUUAGAAACGAAAAAGGGCAAAUGAUUAUGUUAACAUCAAAGUUAUUGGAAUAUUAUGAAAACCGCUGAAAGUAUGAAAUAUAAAACACUGCGAGAAAGUGGGUUAAAAAUUAUAAAGCCAAUAACGUAUUGCUUGAACUUUAUAGUAAAUAAAACUAAAUAAAAAACGAUAAAAAAUAAGACAACAACUGAUUUCUAAUGAACACAAGCACAUAAAAUAUUUAAAAUAAACUCACAACAAGCAAACCGAUUUAGUAAUACAAUACAUAUAUUUUAGCUAGGGCUGUGCGAUCAGUCAUCGUUCAAAACAGUUUCAAAUUCACAAUAAAUUUAUAUUCACAUUGUGAUCCACUAAUUUUAAAACGAUUACAUAAAUUAUGCGCUUAGCCCCAUUUUCCAGAGCACAUUAACAGAAUAUUGAAAAAAAUGGGCACGAAAUUACAAACACAAACAAAAAACUAUUUAAAACUAAAAUUAAAUAAAUAGUCAACAAAUAAACCCCGAACAUGUUGUUUGAUAAAGUAGAUGAUUGGAUUUUAGAUUAAAUUAAGUAGAAUGAUAAAUGUGAAUGUUAAGCUUAAGAAAGUAUAUUUUUAAAUAUAUAUAUACAUACCAUAUAUGGGCGCAUACACUCCGCUGUAAUCCGCGAAUGAUGUAUUAAAACACAUAAAACAAUGGAAGGUGUGUGCGAUUUAGCUAGGUUUUUCUUCAAAUAAUGUCGUUGUUGUAAUUGCCUAAAAUAAUUCAUAAACAGUUUUUGGACGUAUGCUGCUGGAAUGGCAGUCCACGGCCGAAUGCGGCAGUCGUUCGGUGAUGUAGGCCUUCGGUAGUGGUGCGCUCCAAUACUGCUCGUCUAAACUCCUCGGUAACAGCAGCAAUAACAUGAAACGCCACUUUUUUAUAUAUAUUUUUUAUAACUUUUAUUGCAAUUUUGGUUGUUUCGGAAACCCGAUAGAUCGCACCACCUUGAAAAUAUAUUUCAUAUAUUUAACGAACAAACGAGACCCCACUUCGAUCGUACAAUAAAUUAACAAAUUUAUUAAAUACAACUUUAAUUAAUGAAGAAAAAGGGAAAAAUGUAAAAUUAAUUUUCAUAGUAGGAAAAUAUGUAUGAAAAUAUGGUAUUGUUAUAUAUAUGGAUAAAAACUUAUAUAUUAAAUUAAAAAGUUGGUUUAAACAGAGAAGACAUGGAUUCAAAAAUUAAAGCGGUCGCGGAAUGUCAGAGUGUCGAUAGGCGAAGACGAUGAAGGAAUCGUAGUGAAUUUUAGUGAUACAAUUAGAAAUCGAUAAUUAGAUAUUUAUUUUGACGAAAGGAAAAAUACAUGAAUCAAUAUUUUAAGCUGGAAUUAGCAGGAAUGUAGUUGUAGAAGUACAGCAAGCGAACGAUUUAAUAAAAAAAUAUAUUUAAAUAUAUAUACAUACAUGUAUGUAUAUUAAUUUUCUCAUUAUUUUAAGCAAAAAUACAAUUAUUAAAAUAGAGUUACUAUACGCUAUUAAAAAUGUUAGAUUUUAAUGUUGAGAAAGAAAUGUAUUUUGAAGAAGAAAAAAUGGGCAACAAUAAAAUAAAAUGGUAAAUUCGAAAAUCAAAUUGAAGCGCGAUGUUAGACGUAAACGGCGAAGUACUGAAGUUGAAGUUUAAUUCAGAAAUUUGUACACAAGCAAAUAGAGAAUUUUUUGGUAAACAAGUAAUGUAACGUAAGGUAGCGUAGACUGUAAAGAUAUGUACGAGUAUGUGUGUAUAAGGAGAGCAGCGAUUUCUAUUGGGUAUUAGACAUAAAAUAAUUUAAAAACUAGUAUGAAGAAUAAAAACACUAUAGUUCGUUGAAAAGAAAUAAAAUACUAAUUAUGUGUAUGUAUAAAAUAAAAUAAAAAUAAAAAAUACUUUCGUAGCCGCAGUAUGAGGAAAUGAAAUACAUAAGUAAUAGAACAGUCAAAGCUGGUUACAACGCACGAGAAAGGAAAAGUGAAAAAUAAAAUACAAUUGAGAAAAAGAUAAAAU